AUGGAGCUGUUCGAGCGCGCCAAGACGGUGCGGCUGCGGAGCCACCAAAACAAGUACAUGUACGCCGACGAGGACGAGUCCCACGUCCUGCAGGACCGCAACGCCGCGUCCCCGAACGCGCGGUGGACCGUGGAGCUGGUGCCGAACGCGCCGGGCGUCAUCCGCCUCCGCAGCCGCUACGGCCGCUACCUCACCGCCUCCAACGAGCCCAUCCUCAUGGGCGUCACCGGACGCAAGGUGAUCCAGACGCUGCCCCACCGCCUCGACUCUUCCGUUGAGUGGGUCCCAGUCGGCGAAGGCAGGCACGCUCGCCUCCAGACUCGUUACGGCAACUUCCUCCGCGCCAACGGCGGCCUCCCGCCGUUGCGCAACACCGUCACCCAUGACGUCCCCCACCACCGCCAUGCCGGCUGGGUCGUCUGGUGCAUCGAGAUCGUGCAGGUGCUCGUGCAACCGCCUCAAUGCUCCGACCCCAUCACCACCGCCUACUCUCCUCCUCUACCUUACAAACCACACUCUCGCUCGCCCUCGCCCUCGCCCGCGCCCUUGCCGACGGGAGCGCUCAGGCCUCCUGCGCCGCACCACCGUAUGGCGACUCCAUUGACAGUGCAGCCCCCGCCACCUCCCCCCGGCUCCCUAGCGCCCCCUGUCGGAUUUUCAAGGCUCGAGUCGGCGGACUCCUUCUCGGUGCCGGUGCACAAGGUGGAGGGGCGGCACAUCCACUACCAUGUUGCGGAUGACAGCGGUUAUGUGCGUGAGGGAGAUGAGGGGCACUCGUUCCUAUUCAACGGGACAAGCCUUGGGGAGCUGCUGGAGAGACUGCAGGAGGAGACGGGGCUCAAGGACGUGAUCAUCUGCUCCCGCAACCCGAUCACAAGCAAGUUGAUGCCGCUCCGCCUGCAGCUCCCACCCAACAACAGCGCCAUGCACGUCGUGCUCGUGCGCAAGUCCUCAAAAGUGGCAAGAUCUUUUUCAUAAAAUUCAUGGUCCACAAGCUUUGGAUGAUGUGUACGGCAGAAGUUACAGGGAGCUUCUUGUAAAGUGUUUUUUUUAUCUGGGCAUGUUGACCAUUUCAUUAUCGUGGGCUAGAUCUGGGCAGUGUAGGUGAAGAGCCGUGAAACCGUGUAUAAAUUUAUUUCUCAGAUUUUUGGUUUCGUUCUUCGAAGUCUGAGUGACAUAGAGAUGUUUCUGCACAAUCUUUUUACAUGUCACAUGAUAUAGAAUUUCACGUCAAUGAUUCAU